AAAAACUAUUUUACAGAAUGAUAUAUUCCUAUUUAAGAUGGAAGGAGCACAAAUAAAAUUUUGCAAUUUACAAGCUAAUAUGAAAAUAUUUUUGAAUUGAUUAUGAGCAAAAAAUAACACUUUUAUAAUAAUAUUGCAUGGCCAAUAGAGGGGAAGUGUACCCCUAUGCCCAUUUUAAAUAUACCACAGUUACAGAACUAUGUUGAUUUAAAGAAAAACUAGCUGAUGCGGUGACAUCAUUAGCCAUUGUCAUUGCAGAUCAUAAGCAAAAUUCCGAUGUAUCCAAUGUCACAAAAAGCUUAGACAAAUUGAGAUAUGGUUUAAAAUCUACAUCAAUAAAAAAUCAAGAUGACAUACUUUGUGUACUUCAAGUUUGUCAAGAAAUUGAUUCAUCAGAGUUUAAUUUAGUGUCAAAAUGUUCUAAAAUACUAAUUAAGAUAAUUCCAAAAUUAGAAUCAUGUGACAAAACAUGCAUGGAAAAUUUUAUGUCUUGGUUAUUAUCAUCUAUUUUACAAGUGAAUAAUACAGAAAUUUCUACUGAAAAAUUUAAUGAUAUUUUAAAUUUAUACACAUGUACAUUACAAAAGUAUGGGCAUCAAGGCUCUAGUAAAAACAUUGAUGUAAUACCCCAUAUUAUGACAAUAUUUUCUCCAUUUUUAAAUAAAAUUAAUAUGAAAAUAGAAGAACGAUCAGAUAAUAUAGAUACUGAAAUUGUAUUUUUCAAAUCUUUAAAUGCUACUGUGAGCUUUUUAAAUGAUUUCAAUCAUGUAGAAAGUAUUGGAAUGUGUAUUAUAAAAUUAUUAGAACGAUCAAUUAGUAAUAGUAACAAUGCAAAGUUUCAUGAACAAGAAGUCUUAAAAUAUAAUUUAAAAAUAUUACAAGAACUUAUUGAAUCAUCAAAAAUAUGGACUAUCAACAAUUUUAAUAAAAUCUUACCUAUUGUGUUAUUAUAUUUACGUUAUGGAUUAUUAUCAGAUUACUCUUUGAUUCCAAGUAAUUUGGAACCUUCUCCAAUUGUUCAGUGGGAAACACCAUCAAGAUUAGAUAUAUCCCAAACAACAAACUUAACAAAUAAACGUCGACAGAAAAAAAAAAGAAUAACAGAAUCUAAAAAUAAAGUACCUAAACUUGUAGCUUUUACUGUUGAGGAAGAGAAUUUAAUGAAUAUCAGAGAUUCUGAUUUUUCUGAGGAUGAACCUAUGACUAAUUGUACAAAUGGUUGUAAUACAUGGGACAUACGUCUUCUAGCUGCACAGACUAUGAAAAAGUUAUUCACUAUUGUUGAGAAAAAAACUGUAUUAGGAUAUUUGUAUACAAUUAUAGAUGGCCCUUUUGAUAUCCAAAGUUGUUUACGAUUGAAUGUUGAUAAAUUUACAAGAGAUCCAUCAUCAAAAGUACGAGCAACUGUUGUUACAGCUAUUACAUCAAUAUUCAAUGGUUCAAAAAUAUUUUUUUCUCAGGCUCAAUAUAGAGAAAAAAAAGGUGCUUUUACAACAUGGUCUGAUACACUCGCUGAAUAUAUUAUUAAUAUACACAAUACACUUAUGAAAGCUUUUGAAUUUGAAACCCAUGGUGUUCGUUUAGUAUUAUUGCAUUGUUUUUCUACUAUGGUGAUAAAUACUCCUUACCCAAAGUUGUGCAAAAAUCUACUUGGUUCUUUGUUAACUAUCCUAUUGAUGUACACAAAGUGUGAACCAUGCGAAAACUAUUUAAGAAUUGGUGUACUUCGGUGUUUUUCAUCUAUAUUUAAUUGUGAUCUUCCGGAUAUUGAAAGAGAUUCAUUAAAAAAAAUUAGAUGUGACAUAGUGAAUUUGUGUUUAUAUUUAUUCAAAGAAACUAAACUUUAUCUUGAUUCUGAUCAAGACAAUAUUCAAAUAAUUUUGAGGCGCCAAUGUUGGCAAAUGUUAACUAGUUAUUGUAACCUCUAUGAUGGUUUAAUUGAAAACAGAAUGUUGAUAAAUAUUGCUGUAGAAGAUUUAAAAUAUACUAAACAAAAUUUGUUGCGUAAAAAUAUUAUACUCUGUUUAAAGCAAAUGUCUUCUGUAUCUGAAGGAAAAGGAUAUCAUACAGCUAAAUUAGAAAAAUGGAAAUUGAUUUUCAAGAAAGUUGUACCACAACUAUUAGAAGAACAAGACACAUUUAUUCUGUCUGUUCUAAUUGAAAGUUUAUCUACCAUAGGCUCAGAAGUAUUCUCAAAUUUAGAAGAUGAAUUAGUUAAUCCAUUUUGUAAUAGUCUCCAUAGUUAUGCAAAUUCCUUGGAUCAAAAUAUUCAAUCAUCUGCAAUUGCAACUUUAGGCAUUUUUAUAAAGUAUGAAAAAUUGUUAAAUAGGCCCGAAUACAUUGAGGACACAAUUGAUAUUUUACUUAAUGUGUGUUUAACAAAUAAAGUAAAUUCUAUUCAAGAAAAACUUGCAUGGACUUUUAACUGUAUAGCUGAAGUCUUGGUUGGUAAUUGGAAGUUAUACAAAAUUGAAAACAACAAAUUAUUUUCAUUGGUAGAAGUUACUAUCUCAACUUUGGAUCGUAAACCGUGUAGAGCAUGUGGCACUAGAGCUUUGGGUCUUUUAUUGUCAUUAUUUGACCAAGUUGAUAUCAUUGAAACACAAGCUGGAUCUUUAUUUCAGCAUUCCAUAGAAGUUUUAAUUAAUAUAGCUAACAGUAAUGACAGUAUGAAAAAUCGAUGGAACAGCUGUAAUUCUUUGGGAGUAGUAUACCAAACCAAUUAUUUGUACAAAUUACCAAUUUUAUUUAAAAAUAAUAUAUUCAACACAUUGUCCAUCUUAUUAAUAAAUUGUAGCAAUUUUAAAGUAAGACAACUUGCAUGUUCAUCUUUGACAUUUUCUCAACGAGAACUUUAUGGUACAAAUUUUAUAAAAAUGUGGCAUAGAAUUUUUGAUGCUUUUGAAAAUGCACAAAAUUUACCACAUGUUUGUGAAUACAAACAUAAACAAAAACUAACGAAUCAGCUUUGUGAAACAUUUUGCAAUCUCUGUCGAUUAUUAGAACCAAUGGACAUUGGCAAUUUAACAGAUUUGUUAAAUUCUCGUUUAUAUCUGGUACAAGAGGAAAUGAACAAGUAUUGCAAUUCAUUAGAGAUUCCCAAUUUUUCAGAAAAACUAGUAGUUACUCAUAAUAACUUACAAUAUUUAUUAAAAUGUACACAAUUAAAUUAUAAACAAAAAGAAGCUGUGCAAAAUUUAUUAAAUAUAUUUUAUAAUCAUUAAACA